UAUGGUCGCCACAAAGACGCAAGGAAGAUAGAAUUCAUGGACCCUGAAAGGGAGGGAAGAACAUAAAACCCCAAAAAAGGUUUGCAUCUCUUGACUUCAAAGAGAAUGAAGAUGAGUGGUGCCUUUUAUCUCUCGCAGCUAUUGCAGAUUCCUUCAACCAAGAUUCUUCUUAAAACCUCCAAGUUUUCCAAUGGUUUGUAUGUGAAAGCAGGAGCAACAAAGUAUCCAAAUUUAUGUUUCUAUAGAAAUGUUCAGACUGUCACUUAUGCAAUUGUCGACGGAAGCUAUGUACCCACUACCACUCAAACACAUCAACCAGACAAAACUAAGGAAAAUGAAUCAACAAAACUUGAAAGUGUUGGUGCAUUUCAAAAGCUACCGAUGGUGAUGCCAUCGGUUGAUAUACUUUAUUCAGCAUUGAGGAAGGCCAAGAGAGUUCCGCCCACAAAAGGCAUAGCUAAUAUUGCAAAACGAGAGAGAAAUAGAGGGGCAAAGCAACUUGAUGCACUGAUGAAGGAAUUGGCAGUUCCACUGAGAGAGUACAUGGUGAAUUUCCCUAAAAAGAAGUAUUUGCAUCCUUAUGAACGAUCACUUAUUGAGUUGACCCUUGGGGAUGGAAAUUAUGAAGAGGUUCUGAGAAAAGUUGAUGCUCUGAGGAAGAAGGUGGUAGCUGUUGGAAAGGAAUGUGCUUCUCUCUGUGCUAAGUCUUUAACAAAACGAGAUGCUGGGGAGCGGUUGAAUGAGGGUCUGGAAAAGCUUGAAGAAGUUUUUAAAUGUGAAGGAAAGGCAGUUGAUGAUUUAUUGAACAUUGCCAAGACAUUGCGAGCUAUGCCAGUGGUUGAUCUGGAAACACCUACUCUUUGUCUUGUUGGAGCUCCUAAUGUUGGAAAGUCAUCCUUGGUUCGUGUGCUCUCAACAGGGAAGCCUGAGGUCUGCAACUAUCCUUUCACAACUAGAGGAAUUCUAAUGGGCCACAUUGCUCUAAAUUUCCAGCACUUUCAGGUGACAGACACCCCUGGGCUACUGAAGAGAUGUGAUGAGGACAGGAACAAUUUGGAAAAAUUGACACUUGCUGUCCUCUCACAUUUGCCAACAGCAGUACUUUAUGUACAUGAUCUCACUGGAGAAUGUGGGACCUCGCCUUCUGAUCAGUUUGUCAUAUACAAAGAAAUUAAACAGAGGUUCAGCAAUCAUCUCUGGCUUGAUGUUGUUUCUAAAUGUGAUAUCUUGCAAGAGGCUCCUGUGAUCUUCAUCAUGGAAGAUAGCGACACUGAUAACCUUGAACUGGAAAGGUAUCGAAAAAAGGGACCUGAAGGAGCAAUUCUAGUGUCGGUAAAGGAUGGAAAGGGGCUUGAUGAGUUGAAAGUUAAAGUGCAUGAGCUGCUGGUCACCCAGAUGGAUAGGAUCCGAAGCUCAGGGAUUGAUGAAGAUAAUCCUGAGCUAGUUACAUGAUGGACAUCCAUAUUCAAUCUUGGGGGUAACAGUUGAUCUAAGGCUCUCGCUGGUUCAUCAAUGACUGCAGUACUGUUACAUUCUUCGCCAGCUAUAGGAACACCUCUUACAUAAUACAGACAUUGAGUUGUGUGCUGGCGUGCUAGAGCUCACCAGGAUUGAAUCAUGCUUUUGUUGCUCAUUCUAAGACGCUCAAUGCAGGUUGCAGUUUAAACCCCUGUGAGGGCGGAAGUACCUUGGGCUGUAACAGCUACUGUCGCUAUUGUUGCUGGUUGUCGUCAGUCACAUUCGUUUUAAGACGGAGGAGUAUUGAGAUUUUAUAUUCAUAUGCAAAGAGACAAUUUACACGCGUUUCAAGCAAGUUGCAAUGUAAAAUGAAUGUUCAUGACUAUAAUGUAAAUUUGGCAGAACAGCUGUUC